CACGACCGGGCCGGCGAGCAAACAUGUUUCUGAUCCAAAUACCGGAACUCUUCUAAAAAACAUUUUUAUUACACAUUUCAGGACUUCAAGGUGCAAAUGCCUUAACUGGAUUUUUAAUAAGCUAUUCUUACCAUUGCGACAGUCUCUGGUCUGUAAAUAUUUGAGCGAGCUGAUCAAUGAAAACAAGCGGACUGGUACAUUAACCUUUGUUGAAGCCACAAUCGCAUAGCCAAAACAAACGCACCAAUGAAGCUCUGUUUAGAGCUUCAUUGGUCCUCGGUGUGUCACAGUCUGCAGAAGUGGAUUCAGGACUUAAUGAAAGCUCUUAAAGGAUGUCAUUGAAGCUGCCCCGUCUCUGCCUGCUGCUAGCUCUGUUGUGUCCCUGCUGGGCCAAAGAGCAACCAUGUCGGAAAUCUGCCACCAGCUGCGACGAGUGCGUCCAGUCCGGCCCCGACUGCGCGUGGUGCACCGUUCCCAACGGGAGGACGCGCUGUCACACCUCGGAGAGGCUACGGAGAGCAGGCUGUCUGAAGAGGCACAUGUACAACCCACGAGGAAGAGUUGAGGUGGUCAAGAAUGACAGCGUCACAGACGGCACAGCUCUGUUCCUGCAGCCCCAGGAGUUCUCCGUCCAUUUGAGGCCGGGUGUGAGCCAGUCCUUUCCCAUAUCUGUCACCGUGCCACCGGAGCAGCCUGUCACAGACCUGACUAUGGACACCAGCAGUGUGCCGGCAGGAGUCAACAUCUCAUUCGGUAGCAUAAUAAAAGGAAACCCUCUGCUCAUAAAGGUCAGUGUGGAAGCUGCCCAGUGUCCCAGCUCAGACCGGAUCAGUUACGGUCCCUGGUCGGUCCACAUCACGCCCAGAGGCUUUUCACAGAGCGUGAAGUUAGAGAUAACUCUGGAGUGUCAGUGUAACUGUGAGGGAACCCGUGAGGAAAACAGCCCUGCCUGCAGCGGCCACGGAGACCUCGUUUGUGGCCAGUGCGAGUGCCAGAAGCCUUACGUUGGAGAACAGUGCCAAACGGACAGCGACUCCCUUUUCUCCGAAGAUGACAGCUCCUGUCGCUCGGGCCCGAAUGACCCGGUGUGCAGCAACAGGGGGAAGUGUGUGGGGGGCUUCUGUGAGUGUGAGCAGCGGGAAAAUCCAAAAGAACGAUUCAGCGGACAGUUCUGCGAGUGCAGCAACUUUGACUGUCCGUACUUCAACAACAGAAUAUGCGGAGGCAACGGGAGGUGUGAGUGCGGAAACUGUGUAUGUGAUGACGGCUGGACUAAUGAGGACUGUAGCUGCUCCAUGGAAACGGCUUCCUGUAUGGGCGGAAACCAGAUGCUGUGUAACGGGAGAGGGAUAUGUCAGUGUGGACUGUGUCAGUGUGACCCCCCGUACACGGGCCCGACCUGUGAGCACUGCCCCGACUGUGUGGGCACUUGUCAGAAGCACGCUGCUUGUGUGGAGUGCCGGGCAUUUGGGACAGGGCCGAAGACGAACACGUGUGACUCAGACUGUGGCUACCUCACCGUGACAGUGGUGGACAAGGAACGCGACGUGCCUACAACCAACGGGUUAUGUAAGAUGAGGAAUGAAGACGACUGCGUUUUGUACUACUCCGUCUCCGGAGGGCCCUCUGGAGGACGAGCGACUGCCGCUAAAGAAUGUUAUUCUUGACAAAAAAAAUUAUUUGCAACAAAAUGUUUUAGUUCUGAAUUCUUAAACACCGGCUUCCCCUUUAAUUACUGAAAGAAUCAGAGAUAAAUUCAAUAAUUUACAGCCUUCAAAACAACGUGAUGAUGCUAUGCUUUCUUUGAACUUUGCAAUACAAAUUUAUUGUAUUGCACUAAAGCUGCCUUUGUUUUAAAGGACCAGCCUGUAGGAUUUAGCGGUAUCUAGUGGUGAGGCUGCAGAACGACUCCUUUUCCGAAUGUGUUGGAAAACCUACUUUAUUUCAAUGUACAGGGGCAGAUUUGACAAAUACAUCCUGUACAGGUUGUCAGUCUAUCCAAAGGCUUACAUAGGGUAACAUGAAACCAUUUCAGACUCACAACCACACCUGCAGAAACCUAGAACCUCAAAAAUCCAAGUUAAUAUAACAAUCCUGUCUUUGGACCUGGAGAAAACCCAAGCAGGUACAAGGAGAACAUGCUAAUAGUUAAAACCAUGAUAUUCCACAUUGGCCGUGUCACCAGGAGCUGUAUUGAGUGCUACAUUGUGUGCUUUUAAUGGUGCUUUUAAUGAUGUUGUCUUCUUAAGCUAAUGAAGAUUUUAUUAAUCAACAGUCAUAUUGAAGAUUAUUCUUAUUAAACAAUGUCUGAAAACUGAA